GGUGUUACACAAUGAACGCAUGUUGUCAGCCUAAAGGUACAGCUUAUGCCAAAUCUGUCAUGUAGCAGGGUGAUGCAUUUUAUAAGAGCCUCAUAAAACUUCCUCCAAUUAUGAGGAACAUCAGCAGGGUUGGUUUAAAUUGCUGCAAGAAAGACUCUUUACCUAUCAUAACUAAUUAAAUUAUUCUCUAGAGUUCCUCCUCUAGCUCUUAGCUAAGUGUUAAUUUUUUAAAUAUAAUAAUAAUUGGAUUUGGUAUUAUGCUGAACAUGGACAUGAUGAAAAUGUGAGAAUUAGAUGGAUUCUGGCCUCCUGUUCAAUCAGAAGAUGCUCCAUAAGACUGCUAGGUAAUUUUGUGAUGUGUGAAGUUUCACGGGCAGUGGUUCCUUUGUUCAUGCAGAGAGAGAGAACCUGGUCACUCUUUUUAUUUUCCACCAUUCUUUCCAGCUUUUAUUUAAGUGGGUCCAAACGAUUCUUAUUAUCUCAAUAAUAAUCUAGAGAUAAGCACUAGUAUGUAGCUUGGGUUGGCUUGUUCUCAUUAAGGGUUGGAUGCAGUGGCAAAAGCUUCCAAUGGUGACUGUGCAAUGCUGCUUUUGUUUGCCCUUUCUGAGUGAAUCUUCUGUUAAGAUUUAUGUACAUGAGAGGGAACUGGACUAGCCCUGGGUCCCACAGGCCUUUGAAGCAGAGGCAAGGCUCUUCCCACCUGCCUUUUCUCUUCCAAGAUCCUAAGGACAACAAGCCCGCUCACCCCUUUUUGUGUGGCAGCAUUGCAUGACGGAGGAGGCUUCACUGGGGCCCCGACGAGGGAAUUCAAACUGGCUGUGCUCUUCCUAUCAGGGACCGUAUCCUGGCACGCUCUCUGUUUUGGCAAAUGAGGAUGCAGGCCGGGGCUUGGGCUGUGCUGGUGGUGGAGCUGAUGGAGCCGAUGGUGGGCUUCCCUCGGAUCCGCCCCUUGCCCAUUUAAGCAGCCAGCAUUUGUUUGUUCCUGCACUGGGUUUCCCCGCCCAGCCACCCUCAGUUUAAGCUGAUAGUCCGUGACUUUGCUGUGACUGUGGGGGUUGCCAUCCUUUAAGGGGCUGGGUAGGAAUUUGCUCAUUGGGCUAAUUGGCACUGACUCGGUGGUUUUGCGUACCUCAUUGGGGCAAUCCUUUGUUUUGGAUGGAGGGGAGGUUGUAGGCUCUGUCUGCCCCUCCAAAUGCUGGGGUAUCCCGUUAAAGGGAUCUGGGGGGAGUGGUCAUGUCCGCAUGCCCAGGUGGGGCCAGGGCCAAAUGCAUUUGAUGUAAGUCUUAGGAACCCCUGUCUGGAUUGACCACGCAUCACUUCUGCGGUCAGGCUGGAAGUAUUUAGAUUGCCCCAUGCCCAAACCUCUUUCAUCUGUAUUCAAUAAAGUUGGGGCCUGUUUUGACCCAAACCCAGUCUCAUUGAUCUCUUAUUAUUUGGGUUGGGGUAUGGGAAGUCUUGACGCCUGGUCCUGCAAGCAUGCGGGAGAAUAACCAUGGAACCAAACAACUGUCUCUGGGACUCCUGAACCUUGUCAUCCUCGGCAGUGAUGUUUUAGACAGUCAGACACAAAUGAGGACAGGUGGGAAACUCCCUCUGCCCCUUGAGGCACCUGAUGCUUUUUGCUCCAUGAGUCGGGAGUUUAAGAGGGGGGAAGUACGUAAGUCCAUGUUGGAGGCAGAUCUCUGGGAUCUUCAAGAAUGCCUGAAUACAGCAUUUUUAUCAUAUCAUAAGGGAACAGGAGCUGGAAAAGCUGACCAAGGUGCCGAACAGUGAUUCUAGAGCUUGAUGGAUAUUUAGUUUGUUUUGGCAUUUAGUUUUGCUAAUGCAUCUGGGUGCCUAUAAUUAGUUUGGAGUGGGAAGAGAAGAAAUCGAGGCCAAUCUUAGAAAGCUGCCGGUUUGGCAACAAUAUGCCUAUUAAUGCGGGUAGCACAGCAAUCAUUUUUGUCAUAGCUAGGCUUGCCAUGUGACUGCCGUUGAGAGAAGCUUUUGUCAUCCUGUGUGGUUUUUAAGCUUACAGCCAGUGCUUAGCGAUAUUUAAUUUGCAUACAUUUAAACGAGCUACUGUACAAUUUGCUCACAUGCUGGCCCCCCAGAAAAUAAAUUUGCUCCUAGGAUGCGGCUGUGGAAUCUGAGGUAUGGGUGUAAGAAAAGGGCUUGGUAUGAGUACUACUGUUGUCUACAAGUGCAUAAAAAUUAAAAGCCACCAAGAUCUUCCUGGUCGAAGCCAAAACAUCUACCCAUGGCAUUUCUCUGCUGCUCUUUUAAAGUUCUGUAAACCCUUUACACGAGAGUUGCCAUCUAAAUGCUGAAAAUGUUAAAUUUGAGGUGGAACUGGAGGUGUCCUCAUGUAGGAUGUUUGAGGGAAGCUAGAGGAAUGCUGAUAAGAUCACAAGAUAAAAGCAACAUGGAGCAUGGAGGAGAUGAAAGAGAGCCCUGUAGCAAAAGCCAAAUGAGACAAGGCCAAGCGUACUGGAAUCUUCCAUCUCCCCGCCCCAAAGGAAGUGUGCAGGAAUAAAAAAAAUUAUGCUUGCUUUUGAAACAAUGUCUGGUAUCCCUUGUUCUUGCCUUUUGGAGAGAUGAUGGCUCUGGCAUGUCUUGCUUCUGCUGCAAAUGUGGGUUUUUUUUUUAUUUAGGUGGAUUGUCCAUAGCAAUAAGGUGGAAUAUUCCCUGCCAUCAUUAUUGCAGUCACCCAGAAUGCCUUGCUGUUUUCUCAAUUAUGUAUGAAUGGCUUUUGACUAUGUGUUGUUGAGGGCAUAGAAAGAACACUGCUGGGUCAGGCCAAAGGCCCAUCUAGUCCAGCAUUUUGUGCUUCUCACAAUGGCCAACCAGAUUCCUAUGGGAAGCCUGCAAGUAGCACCUGAGCGUAACAGCACUCUUUUCAUUCCCAGAAACUGAUUUCACUUAGAAUAUUAUGCAUUUGCUGUUAUUAAAGUGUGAUGAUUUUUAGCCUUACUAAUUGGGUAUCUGCUCAAAGUAGAUUUUUGAAAUAUGGAAGUUUUAAAUGCUGGAGAGGCGGUUGCUUUACUGCUUUGAGCUGUGGGGCAGUUUUGCUUCAAGUCAAUCUUUCCUUUUCAUUCUCUCUCAGUGGGCAUGUAUGCAGCUUCCUCCCCCCUACACAGUAAUGUUUUGGGUUGCAGUAGAAUGGCAGGAAUUCUUUGUUUUCCAUUUGAUAAGGAAGCACGUGUUGCAGGUGCAUGUCUCUCCUUUGUAUUGUCUUAAAAAUUCAAGCUUUUUAACAAAGUGUGGGGAAACUGCAAAAUUCUGCUGCAGCUUUUCGCUUUUUCAGAAGUGUGAAACUGGUAAGAGGAAUUUCCUGUGAAGUUUCUCUGAGGCAUUUCCUGUGAAGUUGCACAUCUAUUAAACAACAACUAAUUUGCUGGUGAUUUCCAUCAUCAGGAAGAACAAAUACUAAGUCUGAGCCUAAUCAGUAGUGCCAAAUCAUUAUUUUGACUCUGUUUGAAAUUGUUUGGGGAAGUUAAGUGGUUAAAUGAUCCUGCUUAAUGGAAUCAAGGUGGUAUCUUUCUUCCAAUGGCCCAUUGCAUAGGAUUCCUGUCUGAAGCCUAGCCCUUCUGUGCCUUGCCUGAACAGCCGCCUGCUUCCAUGCUAUGCCUAGCUGCUUUGUGAUGCUGAUAAAGUUUGCCACUGUCAAGACAACGCUUUGUGUUCAGUUUAUCCUCUGCAGUUGUAUUGGCUCGAAACACACAAGAGAAACAGUUUGCAGACCUAAUUGGGUUGCAAGGUGUGUUGUCGUGUUAUUCAACCCCAGGAAAAAUAAGCAACAUCAUAUUCUGAAUAGUUCCAGAAAGACUAUUACAGCCCUUGCUUUUUCUCCUGAUGGAAAAUACCUGGUUACUGGAGAGAGUGGGCACAUGCCUGCUGUUCGAGUAUGGGAUGUUGCUGAACGGACCCAGGUGGCUGAACUUCACGAACAUAAGUAUGGUGUUGCAUGUGUGGCGUUCUCCCCGAGCUCCAAGUACAUUGUGUCUGUGGGUUACCAACAUGACAUGAUAGUCAAUGUAUGGUCCUGGAAGAAAAACAUUGUUGUAGCAGCCAAUAAGGUCUCAAGCAAAGUGACAGCAGUGUCAUUCUCUGAGGAUUGCAGCUACUUUGUCACAGCUGGAAACCGGCACAUCAAAUUUUGGUACCUGGAUGACAGCAAAACCUCAAAGGUGAAUGCUACAGUUCCCUUGCUCGGACGUUCCGGUUUGCUUGGGGAACUAAGGAACAACUUCUUCACAGAUGUGGCAUGCGGCAGGGGCAAAAAAGCAGACAGCACUUUCUGUAUCACUUCCUCGGGUCUCCUGUGUGAAUUCAACGAGAAGAGGCUGCUGGACAAGUGGGUGGAGCUGAGAACCACUGUGGCAAACUGCAUCUCUGUGAACCAUGAUUACAUCUUCUGUGGCUGUGCGGAUGGCACGGUGCGGAUUUUUAACCCUUUGAACCUUCACUUUGUGACUACGCUCCCCAAGCCACACUUCCUGGGGACGGAUAUUGCCAGCGUCACUGAAGCCAGCCGGCUCUUCUCUAACGUGACCGAUGCCAAGUAUCCAGACACCAUUGCCUUGACCUUUGACCCCAAUAACCAGUGGCUCUCCUGUGUUUACAACGAUCACAGCCUGUAUGUGUGGGAUGUCAAGGAUCCCAAGAAAGUGGGCAAGGUUUAUUCGGCAUUGUACCACUCCUCUUGUGUUUGGAACGUUGAGGUGUACCCUGAGGUGAAGGAUAGCAACCAGUCUUGCUUGCCCCCAAACUCUUUCAUCACCUGUUCUUCUGAUAACACCAUCCGCCUCUGGAACACAGAGAGCUCAAACAUCCACGGGGCGGCUCUGCAUCGGAACAUUCUGAGCAAUGACUUGAUGAAAAUUAUAUAUGUAGAUGAUAACACUCAGACCCUCCUGGACACAGAAUAUAACACUGGUGGGGGUGCCGACAAGGCUGACACGCAGGCCCUAGAUGCCAAAGUGGGGAUUCGUACAGUGUGUGUGAGCCCUUCUGGGGAGCACCUGGCAUCAGGUGACAGGAUAGGUACUCUCAGGAUCUAUGAGCUGAAAUCCCUGAGAGAAAUGCUGAAGGUGGAAGCUCAUGAUUCUGAAAUCCUCUGCCUUGAGUACUCCAGACCUGAGACAGGGUUGAAGCUUCUAGCAUCAGCCAGUCGAGACAGACUGAUUCAUGUUUUGGAUGCAGGGAAGGAUUAUAGCCUGCAACAGACUUUGGAUGAGCAUUCGUCCGCUAUCACAGCCGUGAAGUUUGCAGCCAAUGAUGGAAAGGUGAAAAUGAUCAGCUGUGGAGCAGAUAAGAGUAUCUAUUUCCGCACUGCACAGAAGACAGGUGAUGGGGUUCUCUUUACUCGUACGCACCAUGUUGUUAGGAAGACCACUCUGUACGAUAUGGAUGUGGACCCUAACUGGAAGUAUGCUGCUAUUGGAUGCCAGGACCGUAAUAUCAGGAUUUUCAACAUUAGCAGUGGGAAGCAAAAAAAGCUAUACAAGGGAUCCCAAAGUGAAGAUGGCACCCUCAUUAAAGUGCAAACAGAUCCUUCUGGUCUCUAUAUUGCUACAAGCUGCUCCGACAAGAACCUUUCUAUCUUUGAUUUCUACUCAGGCGAGUGCGUGGCCACAAUGUAUGGGCAUUCAGAGAUUGUAACUGGGAUGAUGUUCAGCAAUGACUGCAAACACUUGAUCUCGGUCUCUGGUGACAGCUGUAUUUUCAUCUGGCGUCUGAGUUCGGAGAUGACCAUCAACAUGCGGCAGCGCCUGGCAGAGAUGAAGCAGAGAGGGAAGCAAGUGGAGAAAGCACAGCCAGGCAAACCAGCUGGGCUUGCCAGGCACGAGUCGGUCUCUGUCCUCUCAUCUGCGCCAGUGCUGUCAUCGGACAGUGACAAAGAUGGUGAAGACGAAGGGAAUGAGGAGGAUGAGCUACAUGGGCUACAGUCCUUCCAAGUGCAGACUAAUGGCAACACUGAAAGGGAUUCAGAUCCAGAUCUUUCUCUUUCAAGAAGCUUUUCCCACUGGGAAAUGAGGAGGGCAAAAGAGAUGGCAAUGAUUCAGUGUUCGGAGGCCACCAUGAGCAAGGCGCCUCGGCAGCGUGGUCGUUGGUCACAACCCACAGGCAGCCUAGAGAUGACGGUUAAAUCCAUGCUUGACUUGCGGCAGCUGGACUCUUUCUCCGUCUCCCGCUCUGCCAGCCGAGAUUCUCUUUCCCAGGUCAGCAAUGGGGAUGACCAAGAAGAGCGUCCUGAUCUCCCUCUGUGUGUCAAGAGUGCUGGAGGCUCUGCAGCUCCUCAGGAAAACCAGCCUUGUGUUCGACCCCAAGUUAUUCGCCUUGUGUCCUGUGAAGGGGGGAUUUUCCCCCAGGAACUGGAGCCUUCAGAGAGCGAGGAAUGUGUCAUCUACCCAGAACAAGAUGAGAUUCACCCUGCAGAUGUUAGCAGCGAGUUCCAGGUAAAAGCACUUCCCCAUGGGAAACUAGGUAGAGGCUACCACAGCAACGGGUGCCCAGAUAAACACAGCCCUGACAGUGCCUGCUCCGUGGAUUACAGCAGCAGCCGCCUCUCGAGCCCUAAUGAAGAUUCUGAGAGUACAGAACCUCUCAGUGUGGAUGGUACGUCCGAUCUGGAUGAACAGGUGGGAGAAGAGGAUGAGGAGGAUGUCAGCCCUGGUCUGUUGGAAGGAGAUGUCCCCAGGACUCCAGAUCAGGAGAAGUUCCUCAAGCAGCAUUUUGAGACCCUGGCCAGUAACGGUGAAAAGGGUGGAUCAUGUAGGACCCUGGAGAGAACAGAAAACAGUAUUUCUUCUCGCUUUCUGUCUCAGUCUCCUGCUCUCAGGCAACUGUCACUUUCUUCAUCAAAUCUGGUAUUGGAUCGGAAGCCCACUGAGUUGCCUGACUUUCCGAAGCAAGUUUCUGCUGAUCUGCUGAAAAAUGGGCUUGACCACCAGAACAUGGCCCUGGAGAAUGGCAUCUUCCAAAAUGAUGUUAAUUCAUUUAGAUCACUCUAUAUGCAGAGAAAGAGGAAACCUGCGUUAGAGAUCAACAGGGGUCCUGGAAGACCACCUGGGCCUUUCCCCGAUAGUGAUGGGGCAGUGGUGAUGAGGAAAUCCCAGUCAGUUCAUGACCUUGUUCAUAAUGAUAAGGUUCCAGGAGUGAUGCCUUCUGCUAGGCAACGUCCUCAGACCCUAAUGGUAGGUGAGAAAGAUCCAAGGUCCAGUAGCUGUCGGGUUCUGUCUGCAACUCUAUUGAAGACAGAUGGCUCCAGCUCUCUGCAAGCCAAAGACAGCAAAGCUGCAAAACCAAAGUCCUACAUGAGCCCCACCACCAGCUUCAUGGCCAAGAUGUCCCGCAGCGUAUCUGUGGGAGAGAAUCUGUGCCUUGGCGACUCUGCAGAACACUUGGCUGAGGUGAAGGUCAGCCCACAAGUACCAGAGAAGACACAGUUGAAUCCUUUAGGGGACACUGAGAAGAACAAGCCGCUUGUGAAGGAGAAUGGCCUCGUGAAACCUCCUUUUCAGCAAGCUACAAGUUCUUCAUCACCCAAAUCCUUUCACAGCAAGCUAGCUGCUUCUAACCGGGCCCAUUUGAUCCUUGACAUCCCCAAAUCUCUGCCUGACAGACCGACUUUGGCUUCUUUUUCACCAACUGCCAAAUCAAAACCACUGCUGGAAUCUCCCCAGUCACCUGCUGGCACUGGUACAAAGAAGCACUCGUUUCCUGAAGGAUGGGCCUCCAAGCUGGAAAACCAACCAGCUAUGCCACUAGGCCUUGGUAAAAGUAGCCCAGCAGGUCCCUUUACAGAGACUCUAAAAGAGAACCGUACGUUGUUGAGGACCCAAGUCCAAGUCCAGCUUGAACCGGGGGCUACUAACCCCAAACUGAAAGAGUUUUCAGAUGGCCUGCACCCAAAAUCUCCAGAAUACAGACCACUGAGAUGCAGAGAGAUAAUUGGCAGCACUGAUUGUGUGCCGGAGAAUCAGCUUGAGCUUUGCUCACGUGAACCAAGCAGGCCAAGGUCUCCCACAACUGUGGCAGCCCUGGCAGAGGACUCAGGAGGCUCUUCAGUCAGCAUUGAGCAAUGCAAGCACGUUGUGUCUGAGCUCCAAGACAGUAUGCGCAAGGCCAUCCAUCUAUACCAUAUGGUGUCUGCUGACAUGGAGUCUUCAGCCGAUAAAAAUGAGAUUGCUGGCCUCUUGACUGAUACCUUCUCUGUGAUGAAAAAAGAACUAGAUUCCCUGAAGGAUGGGAAAGAACUUCAAAGGGAGAAAGAAGUGUUGGCGAAGCCACAUGACCCAACUGUAAUGCCAGUCAGUGAGGGAAGUGGUUCCACCUUAUCCAGUCCUCGGCAUUUUGGAGAUGAGCAAACUCUUGCUUUGUUGGAACAAUAUUCAGAGUUGUUGCUGCAAGCUGUUGAACGACGUAUGGAUAAAAACUGUAAAGAAGAGUAGUUCUAAGAGGCAUAAACAUCUAAUGAAGAAACUGACAGCAACACAGGGAAAACUAACAUAGUGAAAACCUGGAAUGACUGCUAUCAUUGACUUUUCUCCAAUGGUGAAAUAUUUUUUUCCUCAAGCAGUUCUGUUAAGAGGGGGUCAUUUUUAUGGCUUCCAGAAAUGUGCUGGUCACAGUACUAAUCUUUCUGUGCCCCCUUCUCUCUCUUUUCUUUUUCUUUUUUGGUGGUGUUAAGAAAACCUUAUUGGAAACUUUAUUCCAGCCAAAACAUUUAAAACAAAAAUUCCUACAGGCUCAGUUGACUGUGGCUCAGCCUGAAAUUGCUGACUUGCUGGAAAGAUAUUGAGAUGGCACCAGUCACUCCCUCUGCAGGGCUGUCUCGAUCUAUGUACAGUGUUAAAAAAUUAUUUAUUAAUUUAUUUUUAUGACUAUUGCUCUAAACUUUUCACAUGCAUUUUGUAGCUGUGACUGUUUCCAUGUCUUUCCCACAAGUUUUGUUGCAGUAAACAUACUAUACUAGUAGAUUGGCAGGCAGAAUUUCUGAACUACUUUUUGCUGCAGCCUGCCUCGCUGAAUUUUACUCAUAGGUUUUUUUGCUUUUCUUUAUAAAAAAAUACACUCUUGUUCUCCCUGUUUUGCCUUCUGUUUUAAAGAAAAACCUAUGCUAUAUACCUACACCUGCACUUGCUUCCAGAGGACAGCACACCCUUUGGACCAAGCUACGGAGAUUUGUUACAAGACUGUUUGCAAACAUGAAUGCUUUUGCAAGAACUGUACAACAUUUUAUAUAAAACCUGACCUCUACACUAAGGAGUUUUUUUUAAUUGAAGAAUUGUUAUAUUCUAUUUAUAAAGUUAUAAUUAGAAGUGGUGUUCAAGUGGUGUUGUAUACUGGGCUCUUCAGAUGAUGUUUUUGGGCGGUGGGGGGGGGGAGACAGGGUUGCUACAGCAUUCAUUAGAUAAAAAGUUUUAGUUUAAUUCUAGCAAAAAAUUAAAGAAAUUUGUCCGUGAAGAGAGCCUGACACCCGUUUUUAAGUACUGUUCAAGUGAAGCAUGAGAUGUACCCAAGAGGGAGACCCAUUUUAUGUCUUCAUUGCUAAAACCAGAAAACUACCAAUUAAUUGUGACUGGACAGAACAUUUAGACAGUUGUGAUGUAACUAUUUUCAUUUCCUUUUUUGUGAUUAAAAACAAAGCAGGUCAGUGGGGUGGGAAUGAGACUGCAUGGAGUUUUAUUGUGUUCAAUGAAAACUUCUUGCCAUAUUUUUCCAAACUCAUUAGUCCAUGGCUGUGGCUCUCAAAUUGCUAUCCUAGAAGGUUCUUCUUUCAUUUAAACCCCCCCCCCCUUACUGAAUUAUCAAACCAUAUUCCCAGAGUACUAGUUGAUAAAAGUAUUUCAGAAAUGGCUAUCCUACCGAAUUUUUUGAGCUAUUCUUUCUGGUCAAAAAACAGUUCUGCAUCCACUAUUGUCCAUCUGAUCAUCUGACUAAAUUGCUUUGAUGACCUGGGUCUUUUUCAUCGGCUUUCCCCCUUGCACUUCUCAUGUGGGAUUUUUCAUUCACUGCACUGUAGGACUGGGAACCUUGCAGCGUAGCUUCUUUUCUGGGACUGGUUGGCUCUCAUAAUAUAUUAUAGAGGGACAUAUAGAUCAGCCAACCACCCAUAAAUUAACUGCAAGAUUAAGGACCUGGAAUGUUGUUUUGUGCUUUUUACUAUGUCCCUCCCAGAACUUCCUGGCAGUAUUGCUCUCUCAUAUACUUUUCUGAGUGGCAGUUAAGAUACAUUCACCAGAAUGGAUAUUCUGCUACUGUUUUCCAUCCAUGAGCGAGCAUGAAAAAGAGCAAUGUCUAUGGCAAAGGAAUAGGACGGUCAGAUGAAAGAUACUCCUUGGACAUCUAUUAAACGAAAAUUGAGAUGGCUUUUUUGGUUUCUGAGUGUACAUGCCAGGAAAGGUCUUAGGAAACAUAACUUUUAUUUCCCUGUUCACAUUAGGCUGUGAAAAGUGUUCAAUGCUCAGGAAAGUUUCCUGUUCUGAGACAUACAUAUACUCAGGGUAGAAGAGCCAUACUUCCAACACACACAUCUUGAUGAUAUUGAAGUUCUUUGUGUUGAUUUAACCUCCAAAGUUGUCAAAUGCAUUAGUGUGACAGCGGAAUCAAGAUGUUGAUAGACAAAUACCUCAAUGCUUAUUGAUACAGUUACCCAGUAGAUGAUUCCUCUGGGUUUCUCUUGGGUGAAAGACAAUAACAAACAAAGUUCAAUGUUACUGUCCAAACGUUUCUGCAAAAUAAUUUUCUUCAAAUUACUUGAGCACUGUAUUCAUGGAUCAAGGUGGAAAAUGGGUGUAGAAAUGAACUAGCACUGUGGUCUUGAGUAAGUAGAUAUGCAAGAAUGUAUGGGCAGGCCUGUAGUUUUUAAUAUUACAUGGAACAGAACGGCCAAGAUUUCUAGAAAAGUAGUAGUAGGGAAAGGAAUCUUUUUGGUUCAAAGCGGAGAGUAUGGUUCCUUUGAAAUGGUUCUUAUGCAGGAAAGAGGCAGAACAUAGUUAAGUAGAACUGAGAAUGAAUUUUAUGUAAAUUAAAAGAUGAGAAUUGUUAGGUGUUUCCUUUUAAAAAAAAAAGGAAGGAAGGAAGGAAGUAUUUUAAUGUGCCCUUCAUUUCCACUAUUAUAUCCAUGAAUUGGGGAGGGUUUAGGAGUGACUAUCCUCAGUCAGCCAGUUGUCUAAAACCAUUUGGUGUGCGUUAGCUUCUUAGCUAUCUUCUUUUCUGUCCCAAGGAUUUGUUGCUGAGAAGAAACAGGAGGAAAUACUGUUUCCUCUUAAGGAAAACACUUUGAUAGUUAAAUGUCAGCCUGCUAUACUUUUAGUUUUGAACUGCAUGUAAAUUAUUUGGCUUUAUUAUACAUGUUCGCUGGCCCUAUUAGGAAACUUCAAUACAUAUCUAAGGGUUGUGGAAACAGAAAUGCAUGUAGUAUCUGAACCUGGCCCACUUCUACUGAUUUUUAAUGUUUGCAUGCAAAUUAAUGUAUUAAGGUAAAUGGAGAAAGUAUGUACCAUGAACUCAUCACUGAUGCCAUGCUGACAUAUUAUAUUCAUGCUUUCUGAAAUGUUUCUGUACAGUGUAAUUUACAUUUUAUUUUUUGUGUAUGCUGUUUCCUUUUUUCAAGGAGAGUCCUUAGAAAAGAGAACAAAUACCUGUACACUUGAAUGGGACAAAAUGGCCUCUCAUUGUUUCUACAGAAACACAGGAGACAUUUGAAAGCCAAAAUUGUGUUUACACCAGCUAUUGGUAUACGCAACUGGUGCUACAAUAUAUGGCCAUUUUGUUAUUACCCCUGCCCCCUUUUAAUCCAAACCUUUUCAGUGACACCUCUAAUAGUUGGGCCUAUUAGAAAGGAUUAGCUUCCUCUUUUGCUCAACUGAUCCAGAAUAAAUUUCUUUCUGCAAAAAGAGUUACCGUUAUGGCCAGUGUAUGCAUCUGAGCAUUUUAAACAAUGUUGUUGCAUAUCAACACAGAAGCUAAGCCACUGGACCUCCAGUAGCAUCCAGUAUUUUUAAUUUUUUUAAAUAAAUAAAUAAAUCAGUUGGAGGGGUGAAUAGCUAGCUGCCUUGUGCACCUUCAGGCAGGUACUGUUGUGACUGCUCUUUCUAUAGAUACUAUAAUAUCCAGAAUCCCGUAUUGUUUGUAUAUUAUAUUCUGGAGCUGGGCUGCUUACAUAUUGAGUUAAUCUGCUGUAGAUCACAGACUGUGAUGCAUGGAGCAGCAACUUAAGGAAUAAGCCAUGUCCACUCAGCAUGUCUAAGUUAAGUCUAGGCACCAGAUAAACAUCCCUUUUACCUGUGUUAUUUCAACACUCCCUCCCUAUUCUCCGCUUGUUUAAAAGGAGAUAACAACCCUGAAACUUUUUAUUUAUAAAUGUGUGUUUUCUACCUUGGCUUUAAGAGGGGAAAAAAAUCUUUUAAAAUGUCUUCUUUUUUAAUUAUUUGAAACAAUUGUUUUAUGUUUGUGGGGGUUUUGCACUGUGAGCCACCUUUCUGGGGCUAUUUUUAAUUCUGUAUUCAUUUGUACUCUCCGUCUUAAGUAGUUUCAAUAAAAAAAGUGUGAACCUUUG